AUGCAGUCAAUGUGGAUCAAUUGGCUGCUAGUCUUUUUCCUAUGCAAAAGCACAGGAUUUGCAGCAGUAGUGAGUUUCGUAAACGGAACGGACAAUAGUGACAUUCAAGGAUUGGCGAUUCCAAAUAGCCAAUGUCCUAUUGAUACGGCUAUUAAUGGUAUACAUAACAUAACGGUAGGGAACCUAGAACCGUUUGAAGUUUUCUGCGAUGCAAAGAUUGCUGGGCCUGGCUGGACUGUGAUCGCCCGUCGAACAAAUGGAGAGCUAAAUUUCUAUCGCAAGUGGGAUGAGUUCAAGAGGGGAUUCGGGGACAUCAGUGGCGAAUUCUUCAUAGGAUUGGAUAAGCUGCACGCCAUAACGAAAUCACAGACCCAAGAGCUAUACGUUCACCUGGAGAAUUUCGAAGGAAACCAGAGAUAUACCAAAUAUAAAGAAUUCCACAUCGAAAGUGAAAAUGACUUAUAUCGAAUGUCAAGGUUGGGCGCCUUCACUGGUGAUGCGGGUGAUUCGCUGAACUUUAAACACAUCAACCAGCGAUUUACGACCUUCGACAGGGACAACGAUUUGUGGUCGGGUGGUAAUUGUGCACAUGACCGCAUGGGUGCAUGGUGGCACAAUAAUUGUGGCGAUAGUAACCUUUUCGGCAUGUAUAUUGAUGGUAGAAGGGAUGGAUUGUUAAUGAAGGGAAUGAGGUGGGGGACUUUUGGAGAAUAUGAUUCCCACAAAGUAAUGCAAAUGAUGGUUCGGCCAACGUAAAAUUGUUCCACGAAGAAAUAA